CAAUGCGUUUGUUGACUUAAGUAUUUUACUUUUGCACACAUGUAACCUACCACAACACCCCUCUUUUACGGUACACUGAAUCUCUGAAUUUAUAAUUUGGUAAGCAAGAGUGCGAGCUUAUCAAAGCUUUGUGAAUUGAUAAAAAGAGAGCGAAGCAACAAAAAUAAAUUCAAUUCAGGCGAUUUAUGAAUCAGCGUUGAGAAAAUGCGCGGAUUUGGUCCGGAUUUGUAUUGAAUAGCGAUGGGAGAAGUGGAGAGGUAUUUACUCCAACUGCACAAAAGCACAGAUGGUUUUCAGUAGUCGCUCAGCGGUGAUUCUGUAUUGCAACAAGUGUUUAGUAUAGAAUUUUUUUUUGAAUUAACUUGAUAUCAAAAAAAAAAAAACAUGGUAUUAGACUUGGAACAGAAAACUUAUUUUCUAAUCACAGGUGCCUCACGUGGUAUUGGACAAACCAUGGCCAUACAAAUUGCAGCAAAGCUGAAAGCGGGUUCUGUUGUUGUAUUGUUAGCACGAAGUGUCGAUGGUUUAAAUAAAACCAAACUUGCUAUUGAAGCCUUGAAAAAAGAUUUGAAAGUAUGCAUAUUUUCAAUUGAUCUUACAAAGGCCAAAGAAUCGGAGUUUGAAGAAAUAUUGCAUCAUUCGCUUAGUGAUUCCGAUGAAGAAGGUAAAAAUUUUGAACGUGCCUUUAUUAUACACAACGCUGGCUCUGUUGGUGAUGUCUCCAAACGUGCUGUUGAUGUUUCAGACACCUCAGCCUGGACCGAAUAUUAUCAUUUGAACUUGUUUUCUACAGUUUCAUUGAACUGCGAAUUUUAUCGAAAAUUUAUUGGUGUGCCCAAAUUGGUGGUUAAUUUGAGCUCAAAGUGUGGCAUUGAGCCUUUUGCUUCAAUGAGCUUUUAUUGCUCCGGCAAAGCAGCUAGAGAUAUGUACUUUCGUGUUUUAGCUGUUGAGGAGACAAAAGACUCCAUCGUACUUAAUUACGCACCUGGUGCAAUUGAUACAGAUAUGACAGAAUUGGUGCAAAAAGAAACUAUUAAUGAGGAUCUUUCAGCGGCCUUUAAGCAACAGAGGGAUACAAAAACAAUGUUAACAACUACAGAAACUACUGCCAAAUUUAUAAGUAUUUUGGAAUCAGGAAACUUCAACUCAGGCGAUCACGUUGAUUAUUGGGAUUAAUAUUAAUGUGAAAUAAACAAAAUAUGAAAGCGAAGGUGCUUAGUAAGAAGGUGCUAGUUAGCUUAUUUUCUUAAUCGAAAGUCACAAUUUUUUAAUUCUUAUAAUGUAAACUUAUUAAAAUAAAGUUUUUU